UUCCCAAUAAAUACGUCUGUGGUGGUGAUCUUCCUAUCAUUUAUUUUUAUUUUUAUUUUGCGUGUUUGUGGGUAUUUAUUUUAUCUAUAUAAAAAGCUAAUAGAACUCACAUGAAUUUCAACGAUUUGCCAGUAGAAAGUUCAUUUUCUCCUCUGUUUACUAUAAUGGCACAGGUGGAAGAGAAAGGCUCCGCAGACGGAAGAGAUGAUUAUACACAAGAUGGAACCGUGAGUCUCAAAGGUGAUCCUAUUUUAAGAUCAAAGACUGGGAGAUGGAGAGCCUGUUCCUUCAUUGUUGUGUUCGAGGUGUUUGAGAGGAUGGCAUACUAUGGGAUUGCAACAAACUUGGUGGUGUAUAUGACCGACAAACUUCAUCAAGACAUUGUGACAUCUGCCAAUAAUGUCACCAACUGGAUUGGAACUGUGUGGAUGACACCAAUUAUAGGUGCCUACAUUGCUGACGCUUAUCUCGGUCGAUACUGGACCUUUGUCACAUCUUCCGCAAUUUACCUCAUUGGAAUGGUCCUGCUAACCUUGUCAGUUUCAUUGCCAGCCCUGAGACCACCAUCAUGCGGCGAUGAGGCCAAAGAAGGUCAUUGUGACAAACAAGCCUCGCCUCUCCAAGUAGGCAUUUUCUUCUGUGCAUUGUACAUAGUCGCAAUUGGAACUGGUGGAACCAAACCCAACAUUUCGACAAUGGGAGCUGACCAAUUUGAUGAUUUUGAACCCAAGGAAAGAACACAAAAGCUUUCCUUUUUCAAUUGGUGGAUGUUCAGCAUUUUCUUUGGCACUCUGUUCUCAAACACUUUCUUGGUUUACAUCCAAGACACCGUAGGUUGGGGCCUUGGAUAUGGGAUUCCAACUAUCGGGUUUUCAAUUUCUGUGCUUGUAUUUCUGAUUGGCACUCCAUUUUAUAGGCACAAAUUGCCUUCAGGGAGCCCUUUCAGCAGGAUAGCUAAGGUGAUUGUGGCUGCUGUGGAGAACCGGAAACUGCCAAUUCCUGAUGAUACAAAGGAGCUUCAUGAGCUUAAUGUGGAAGAUUACACUAAUUCAAAAAAAUAUAGGAUUGAUCAUACUCAUUCAUUAAGAUUCCUAGACAAAGCAGCCGUUCAGGGUGAGACGAGCUCAGCAAGGACACCAUGCACUGUUACUCAAGUUGAAGAAACAAAGCAAAUGAUUAAAAUGAUACCCAUUCUGGCAGCGACAUUCAUUCCAAGUGCACUAGUUUCACAAGUGGGUACACUAUUUGUGAAACAAGGCGCCACCCUUGACAGAAGCAUGGGUCCCCAUUUUGAAAUUCCUGCAGCAAGCCUUGCAGUUUUUGUAACAAUUUUUAUGCUGAUCACCAUUGUCAUCUACGACCGUUUCUUUGUUCCAUUUGCUCGUCGAUUCACCAAAAACCCUAGAGGGAUCACAUUGCUCCAAAGGAUGGGUGUUGGACUAGUGUUGCAAAUUACCAUCAUGGUCGCAGCAUGUAUUACUGAAAGGAUGAGACUGAAAACCGUUAGAGAAAACAAGAUUUUUCGCAAAGAAGACCAGGUUCCACUCUCCAUUUUCAUUCUUCUUCCUCAAUUUGCCCUGACAGGAAUAGCAGAUGCCUUCGCAGAAGUUGCAAAGCUUGAGUUUUUCUAUGACCAAGCACCAGAAGGCAUGAAAAGCCUUGGCACCUCCUACUUCACCACCAGCUUGGGAAUUGGACAUUUUCUGAGUAGUUUUUUACUGAAGACCGUAGCAGAUAUAACCAAAAAAAACCACAGCAAUUGGAUUUUGGACAAUCUAAACGUCUCUCAUCUAGACCAUUAUUACGCAUUAUUGGCCAUCUUGGGCUUCAUCAACUUUCUCUUCUUUCUGGUAGCUGCAAAGUUGUUUGUUUAUAACGCUGAUUGUGCAGAAUCCAAACAAGAAAUUAUUGUGGCAUUGCUAACAACGGAAGCUGCUCCUCAUCAGGCCUCAAAAAUCCGACCAACCUGAUAAUAAUUUAGGUAUAGCAAGGUUUAUCUUAGAUAUUUCAUGGAAAAUGUCCAGCAAAAGCUUCUAUUGGGCUUCUCCAAUGCUAUUAUCAGAACUUUUUUCUAUACGAUCAAAGAAGUCCAUGUAAUUUUUAUUGCCCUUUGCUA